UAUAAAAGCAGUAUCUAUAUCACAAGCAUCACAGCAAUUAAUGAGCGUCAUGGUCAUUGAUGUGUCAAUUAUAAGCAUUUAAAGACUAUCUUAUUAAUUUAAGGAAGUUCAGUUGAUGUAUGUACAACAUACAUUUGAAUUGUGAUUCAAAAUGAUUUUGGGAUUGUCAUUUUACAUAUUCCUCCUCAUAUGCCUGGGUAUGGUUUGGAUUGGUAAUGCACAUGUCUUACCCAAAGGUUUCCAUCUAAGCAAUUCAUGUCAGCCUCGUUGUCAGUCAGGAAAAACAUGUGUUGUGUAUAGGGGAAAUGACGGCAAUGCUCAUGUAACAUGUAAACGAAUCGAUCCCCAUAAAGUCGUUUUAGAUGGCACCUUCAUAGUUUCUGCUCCAGCUCUAAACAGACCUUUAAACGAUUUGACCUUAGUUAGUCAAAAUACUGCUUAUGAAAAGAACAUCGUCGAUUUCGGAUCAUUAAUAAAACCAUUACCAGACAUUGGUGUAGAAACGGCUACUGCAAAAGACGCCAUCAUAUCCAAUCCAGAAGGUUUACUGAAUAGCAUUACAACCUUCGCUGAUUCCAUAAGGCAAGAUUUCAAAAACGAAUUAGGAUCUAUUGAUAACAGACCUCAGCUAUUUAACCCUGCUACCUUUGCUAAAAAUGUAAACGAUUUUCCUCUUUUCAAGAACCUUCCUUCACCAGAACAUAACAAAGGUAACGAAAGAAAACGAUCAAAAUUUGAAGGUUUAACACUUGUAAGGAACGCCGACGGCGGUGUUGUUUUCCGACGCAUCGGUGCUUCUCCACACCACCAAUCAUCAAGUCAAGGUCUGAAUGUGGAAAUUAUAUCUAUUGAAAACAGAAAUGUUUCAGACUCUUCAAAUUUUGAAAAGGGUCAUACUAGUCAAAAACCGAUACCUCCACAAACUCUUGAGAAGAAGAAAUCAGCUGAACGUAAGUAAUACAUUAUACUUUUAAAUGGAUCUUAUGGAUCUUACGCCGACAUACAUACUGUUAUUCCCCAAUAAGGAGAGAUUUUGUAUGUACAACAAAUUCUUAACUGUUUGAUAUAUUUCUUGUAGAACUUUUUUAAUAUAAAUAACUUAAUUGUUAUUUUA